AAGCGAAGGAACCAUGCCUAAAACCAAGUCGUAAUUUAAUUUGUCCAAGUAUAGUCCGUUUGUGAUCUUUGCCAGUAGGUGCCUCUGGGGCAGUUAGUUGUGCCUACAAAACAGUUACCAUUGUUGCACCUACUUGGCAAUCCAGGACAUUUAAUAUAUUUCAUUAAAUAUCUUAAUAUAUUGCCACCACAGCCGAGUCCGUGGUGCAUGCAGGGUGAUAGACAGUUGAGUGUAAGAAGUGAAUUAUAAAGUCAAGUGCCACUGUCUGCACGGUUAUUUAAUUUUUUGCCUAUUCCCUGACUGCGCGCAGUGCUGCUGAGAUUCGAUUGCGCGAGCGUCAGUAGUGUAUGGAUGCUAAGAAAGUGGUUUCUGGAGGAAAAAUACAGGAUUAGCAUAUUCAUUUGUAACAUGAUGGACAGUAUUCUGGCAGAUGCAGAGCUUUGCAAGGACCGUAUUGUUGAACGGUGUUAGUGGACAAGCAGACUCAGUAGCGGUCUUCGGUGAAAUAUAAAGGAGUAAAAAGCCAGGUGUUCUCUAUGAGGAGGAUUCAUGCUCGCUCUGCUGUGUACAGCUGCUGCUGAUUCCCCCCUGGCUGGUGAGUAACCCUUGUUCUCGCCGAAUCUCUACAUAUGGGAGACACUGGACCGUAUGGCGUGCUAUUACCUUGUCAUCAGCUCCACGCAUCUCAGCAAUGGGCAUUUCCGAAGCAUUAAGGGAGUUUUCAGGGGGCCCCUCUGCAAGACUACCGGCAGUGAAUUACCGGAUUAUGCUGAAAAGGAGAAAGCCAUAGCGAACGCUCUGGAGGAUCUGAAGGCUAAUUUCUACUGUGAAUUAUGUGACAAGCAGUACCACAAACACCAGGAGUUUGACAAUCACAUAAAUUCCUAUGACCAUGCUCACAAGCAGAGGCUGAAAGAAUUAAAGCAAAGGGAAUUUGCUCGCAAUGUUGCUUCCAAGUCCUGGAAAGAUGAAAAGAAACAGGAAAAAGCACUUAAGCGCCUCCAUCAGCUGGCUGAGCUGCGGAAGCAGUCUGAAUGUGGUCCUGGAAGUGGUCCAAUGUUUAGAGCCACCACAGUUGCCGCAGAAGACCAGCAGCAAGAGAGAACAUUCACAGAGAAGGAUGUUGGGAAUGGGAAUCGCUACAUACUAAUUGGAGAUCCACAGGACCCACAGGAACUUCCUGUCACCAAGGAACGAUUGCACAAAUCAAUUGGAAAGAUUGGUAUACAAUUAGCUGAAGAUUACAACAACCAAAGGGCAGGGGUCUCAUUUUGCUUCUCUAAAAAGGCCCAGCUAAAGCUGGAGUCAUCUGCAUCAGUUUUUAGUGACACCACAGAGGAGGCCAAUGAUAGAGAAGAGCUACAAAGUCAGAAAGGAAAGCAAACAGCUGAAACAUUUCGAGCUCAAAUACCUUCACCAGGACAUCCUGCAGACGAGAAAGAACUAAAAGAACAACAGAUGGACAACAAAACACAAAAUAAACAAGGGAAAGACCCUGAAUUCCACCAAAGUCCUAGCGCACAUAACAUAACUGACAAGGAAGAUUUUCCCUUAAUAGUCUUCACUGGAUCUUUUGAAAACACUGACUUAAGCCACGGUCCUAAGGCAGAUUUAGACAAUAAUGAAUCUAAUGCAUCCAACUGUUUUGCAGCAAGAGAUCACAGCAGUAAAGACACACAUGCUGAGGGAGACUCAAGCUAUCAACAAAGAAAGGUUCUCAUUGAGGAGUUCCUUAAUACUGAGCCAGACACAUUAAUGAUCAUUGAUUCAGACAAGAUGAAACCUGAUGAAUCCUUGGGCGAUAUACGUGUAGCAGAUGAUGAGUGUGCUUCAAAACAGGCCUACGGGGACUCGGAUGGACUGACUAAAACAGUAGGGCCAUUUCUUGAUGUUCUAAACAAAGAUGGAUCGAUGAUGCUGAAAUGGCCUUCUGAACUGUUACUGCAUACUAAGACUGAACCCUGCAUUUCAUAUAGUUGCAACCCUCUAUAUUUUGAUUUUAAACACUCCAGAAAAAAACACAUUAUACAAGAUGGCACACUGUCAGUAGAGAUAGAUUACUGUAACGUAGACAUGGUGGAUGAAAAAAGCAAAGGAACUAUUGUUGAGUGGCAAACUCACAAUCAGGAAACAAAUCAGUCAGCUUUUUUCAAACCAAAGAAGGUGAAACAUUCCAAAGCACGCCAAACCCUGAAACUAAAAUUAGAAGCUGUUAACAAAGCAAGAAGUAGCUGUAAGCACAAUAUCAAAUCUAAAGAUGGAAGAGGAUUAGAGUAUAAACAACGUGAUGCGACACAGAAUGAAAGUGUGAAUGCAAAAAGGUUUGGCUUUAAGAAACGGAAGAGAUCUCUAAAUGAUGAAUGCUCAAAUGAAAGUGAUGUGGCAGAGCAAAGUAAAAAAAAUAAGAACAAUCCAUUUUCCCCUUCAGAGGAUAUGGGCCAAAACUUUUAUGAAGAAGCACCUGAAACUGGCGGACAGGUCAAGUCAAAGAAUAAUUUUUUGGACUCCAUGUCUAAUAUUGGAGAUUCUAAAAAGGAGAUCUACAGAAAGUCUGUUAGUGAUAAGUCAAGUUCCUAUAGCAGUUAUUUGGAAAUUGAUACUGAUAGCGAGGAAGGAUUUUCUCAGGGUUGGAGGUGUUCAUCCUCUUUUGAGUCAUCAGAAAGAGGUUCUAGUUCCAGAACAUAUGGUAUCACAUCCAGCUGUAGCAGAACUUACUCCAGUUGUAGAUCCAGUGAUGAUAGCACAAGCAGAAACUCACAUCAUUGUUCUGCCAGAAAGUCCCAUCAAGAUUACAAGAAUACCCAUUGGCAUAAAAUGAAAAACUAUUCCUCAUCUGAGGAGACCAAUGAUGAUGAUGAGUACUUCAGACACAGCAGAAGCAGGAAAAGGAAAAGAACCAGGGAGCAUGGGACAAAGAGCCGAAGUAGAAGUUCAUAUAGUAGCACUUCUGGUCAAAGUAGUGACUGGAAAAGAUGUUCCCAUCUAAGUUCAAGUUCUAGUAGAAGAAGCCAUCGUUCCGAUACAACUGGAUCUAAAUCUAGACAUUCAUGCACCAACAGUGACAGGAAGUUAAGUCAGAGGAGGUCUAGGUCAUUUUCAAGAGACAGGUUGUAUUGCUCUAAAAAAAAAACAUUAGCUAAGAACAGAGAGACAGUUAAGGACACCGGAAGACAACACCAAACUGAAACAGGGAAUCCUGCACAAAGCAGCAGCAGAAAGUAUGCAAUUAAUUGUCAUAAGAAAAGGUUUCCAGCUGAUAAAAUUAAUGCAGAUAAAAAUCUUCUUGAUAAAUUCCAGCCCAAGAAAUCUUAUGAAGAAAAGACACAUCCAUCAAAGAUAUUGAAUAUAAGCAGUGUAAAACUGAAGGAUCAAUCCCAGGUUUGCUUUGGGUCCAGUACCCCAUUACUACUCACCAAUGCACCAGCAUUACCCUUAAUUGGAAAAUUGCCUGCUGCCAAAAGAAAUUCCAAGAAACAGGAGCACAAUAGAAAUAAAAGCAGAGAUAAAGAGGAGGCUCUUAAAAACAAUGAGAUUGGAGCUCUUAUUGGUUCUAAACAGUCUGAGACUCGUCUUCCUGAAGGGGAAGUCAGAGAGUGCAAUCUUCAGAGCCCAGAGGUAGUGCUGAUUGAAGGGCAACUGCUACACACUAAAGGAAAGGAACUCAGUGUACAGAACUACUACCCAGGUCUUCAGGGACUACCUGAGGCAUGUUCCUUUUCUGUUAAUUCCACUGAGGAGGAGAAAACUCAGUUACCAAAUACCGGAAUACACUUUGCUUCAAGAGAAGGCGCCACACAGUAUCCUUUAAAGACUAAAAUGCAGAACGUGGAAGAAACUGAGCCUCAGUUUGAGAGCUCAAAAUGUGUUUUGCCGCCUCUGACUGAACAACCCAUAACCUUCGCACCGGACGAAAUCGACAAGUACAGAUUGCUGCAGCUCCAGGCUCAGCAGCAUAUGCAACAGCAGCUGCUGGGGAAGCGCGUAAAGGUACUACCAUCUCCUGCUGAGGUACCCACUUUCAGCCCUGCGCCAGCCUUUCCACCAAUCCCUCUUCAGCAACCCAACCCCAUUACAAGCAUCCGCCAGGCGCUCAUUCAGCAACAUGCAGUGGCAGCCUUUACAUCUGCCCUGCACCCCCAUGGCAACCUACAGCCCUUGGCACACAUUCACCCUUUCCCUCAGUCACACUUCACUCCCAUUUCUCUUUCCCCAUUUGCUCCAGCAAUGUUUUCUGCCCACCCAGCUGCUCUGCUGGCAGGCCACCCCUUGCAUUUUGUUCCAGCAUCCUCCUUCCACCCAGCCCAUCCGGCCCUUCAUCCAAUGUCACACAGCUCCCUUCUUCCCACCUUACUAGCUCCUAGUCCAUCUAUGGCAGCUGCUACUGCUGCUUCUGCCCUCUAUCUACACCCUUACCUUCAUCCUCUUUUCCCAGGACAGGAUUUGCAGCCCCACUCUCGACCCAGCACUUGAGUAUACACACCUCUUAGGAAUAUACAGCUAAGGCCAAAAGGUUUGCAUCACCUUAUAGAAUGAACUAAUUUUGCUUCAUAAAGUCGAAUUAUGCCUGCUGAAUAGGUAACAUAUUGAAUUAAAUACCGUAUAAUUAAAAAACUGAUAAAAUUGAAAAAUGUGACAUUUCAAAAUUUAAUCUAAAUUAUGUUCAUAUAGCUUUUUUUUUUUUUUUUUUAAAAACGAUGUCCUAAUCCUAAAAUUCUAGGUAAUUCAAAACUUUUGGCCAUAGCUGUAUAAGAAAAUGACAGAAGUCUCUAAAUUGACUUACUGACUAAAACUGGCAUUAAUUGUAUUCGUGCAAAAAAAACAAAAAAACAGUACGCACACAUUUUUUUCCCCCAGAUAGAUUUCCUUGUGUAUAAAACUGAAAUAGUUGCUAUAAAGGCAGGAUAUACAUUUGGAUUUCAGAAAAGCAUUUCAGUAAAUGUAUGUUUCUUUUUUAUUAUUACAUUUCUUAGCAGACGCCCUUAUCCAGGGCGACUUACAAUUGUUACAUACAAUUACCCAUUUAUACAGCUGGGUUUUUACUGGAGCAAUCUAGGUAAAGUACCUUGCUCAAGGGUACAACAGCAGUGUCCCCCACUGGGGAUUGAACCCACGACCCUCCGGUCAGGAGUCCAAAGCCCUAACCACUACUCCACACUGCUGCCUUUUUGCUCUUUGCAUUGGCAUAAAACACUGAAACAGACUUACAGAGCAGACUAUUACAGAGGCAUUAAAGAGUAUUGAAUAGAAUUUACUGUGGCACAGAUUUAACAGGGUUAGGGUAAGGGCAUGUCAAAUGUAAACAUGCAUCUAUACAAUUGUCUUUUAAACUGAAUGUAAUGCGUUUAUACUUAGCUGUUUACAGCAGUAUUAUCAUUUUAUUAGACAAUAUGUAAACAUUGCGAUUUUCUGUAUUUUUAUGUCAAAUGACCAUGAGUAGUCAGCAAGUAAACUUAAUUGCACUGACUAUUGUAAAUGAAAUGCUGCUUAUUAGGCACUCCCAUUUAGGUGAUUGUAGUAUGAUGCAAUAAUAUAUAUAUAUAUAUAUAUAUAU